AUGGUGAGGGAAAUAGCAAACCCGAAAGUCGCCGAGUUAAUGAAGAGCCUGAAGUGCACGGAAAACCAGGCCAGGAAUGCACUGAAACUCUCCAGAGACGACGCAGAGAUGGCCGCUGCAAUCAUAAAAGAGCACCGAUCCGAGGACAGAACGACGUACGCAGGCGGACAGAGUGGGCAGAUUCUCGAGACGCCAAAGUCUAAGUACGCGGAAGAGUUCAGCAAAAUGAUGCAGGAAGACGCUGAAAAUCCCCCGUCUGACUCCCCCGUCGAGAGGAGGAAGCUCACAAUCUUCAAGAACGGAUUCCUCAUCGACGGAAAGUUCACCCGCCUGAGCGACCACGAGACAAAGCGGAUAAUGGAGAAGAUCAUCAAGAAGAAAGAAGUGCCAAGUGAUUUAUUCAAUAUUAAACAGGACGAAUUGGUCGAUGUUGAGGUCGAGGAUAAGUCUGGCGAAAUGUACAGGGAGAAGUGCCCGGGAGACUCUCGCACCGUAAACCUCUGCAUUCCCGUGGAGAAUAAGGCAAAAAUCGAACUCGGCGAUGAUUCUAUCGUGUUUAAGCUGACAAUAGAAGGAAAAAAUACUAUCGUACAAAUGGGAAAGUGUUCUUCAUUCGAAGAAUUAAAAGCGUAUCUUGGAGAAAGAGGAGUAUCUGGCAAACUGUACAUGGAAGAUAAAGAAGUCUGUUGGAAUGAAGAUCCUUCUAAGUACAAGAGAACACUUCUAAGAUUGCUGCAAUAA